AUGGAAAAAGCUGUUCUCACCUCAUUCAUCAUUUCAUUUGUGCUAGCACGACUAUUAUUCGGCUUUAUCUAUAAUAAGAACAAGUACAUGUUCAGCUUUCUUACAUUAGUCUUCAUUAUAGUAAAAGGCUGGUACUUCAAAACGACAAUCUCUCAUGCCCACAGUGGAGUCUACUCGAAAUAUUCCCGCAUUUUCUUCUAUAAUUUUCUUCUUCUAAAGUUCGUUUUCGAUGAUGUUCUCCGUAUAUUCUAUGUGGCCCAGGUGGCAUUUGAAGUCGAAGAUAUAUGCGAUACUCCUCUUUUCCAUGCUCAAAUCGUCUCUACAUUUACAAUUGCGCUGGUUUUCGAAUGCCAAAAGGAAAAUCAUGUAGUGAAUUUGAAUGCAAAACUCGAUCGGUUUGUUGCCUACUUCAGAUGCCGUUCACCUCAUCCUCGGAAGCCGAUUGACACUGAAUCUCAGUCGCAUUCCAUCGGCACCACACAAAGCUAUCUUUUCGACAAUGCUGCAGAAGAGCUAAUGUUCCCUGCUGAAAAUGAGCUCAAUACCAUAAGCGAGAUAUCAACAGUGGUGCCGAGUGAUUUCUCCGUCGAUAUGAAUAUUGAUAGCGAUUGUCCUAGCCUUCCUGGGGAAAUCUCACCAAACCCUUCUGAAGUGUUUCCGCCGUCGUUGAAGACUAAACGAUAUCAGAAUCGGGUCGACACGAUUCAGAAGAAUCUCAAGAAGUUCUAUUCGGAGGAUUGCACGAGUUCUCAAAAUUCCACCGGCCGACACACUUGCCCAUAA